UCCAGACUCGACGUCUCGCUCGAAGGAUUCCAGCGUCCCCAGAUACGAAAUGCUGAACACCACCUUCGUUUCCAAGGUGAAUAUUUCGUACGCACAUGCCAUCUCGUCGGUGCUGGGAUUUUUAAGAAGCUUCGCAUUGGACAAGGACUCCUUUUAUCUAGAAGACGUCGUUCGUCUUCUGACCCUUUGGUUCAAGUACGGCUCGAGUGCGGAAAUCGAAGACAUCAUGAGGCACAGCCUCGAGAGCGUGCACGUCGAUAUAUGGCUUCCGGUGGUCUCGCUGAUCAUUGCGAGAAUCGAUUUCAAGAUUUUGUCUGUCCGGCGCAUUAUUUUGAAGUUGUCGCUUCAGUUGUGUCGAGUGCAUCCCCAGGUACUGGCAUUUCAAAUUGCGCUGGCGGAGAAGUCGCAGGCGACUCAGAACCGGUCAAUGAUCGAGAUUCUCAAGAACCAAAUGCGCCAAGAACAAGACACGCAGAUUGAACGGCAGAUCAAAAAGAGAGCUCGGCUCAUGAAGGACCGGGAAAAAGAGAUAGAAGACGGUACGCUCGAAUUCAGUCUGUGCGACCAGAUGGGGACGUGGAAGACGGGCAGCGCCUUGGACGGGAGGUCGGAGCCGAGGCCCAAUCGGGGCGAAAACCAGCUGAAAGGAAAGGCGUUAUCCACGGAGAGACUUGCGAGCGUCCAGGUGUUUCUGGAUGAGUCGAAACCAGGCGAAGGCGGGUUGGAGGUAAAGAGAAGCCACUUUGAUCCGGAGGAGCCGGUGAACUCUUACGCAUGUUACGAGAAUUUGAAGCACCACUCGCUACUGGAUGAAGUGUCUUUCCUGAGCGAGGAGCUUAUUAAGAUGACUAUCAUAGGCUACGAGGCGUGUUAUCUGGCGCUGGAGAAGGCGUGCUGGUUUUAUGGGUGCAGAAAUAUUAAGAAAAUGUUACAGGUUUUGGAUUCGUACUACGCAGGACUGGCUUGCCCUGCGGUGACAACCAUCGAGCGCGGCUUUCGUCAGCAAUACGCCGGCAUCUUGAACAAGGCGUGGAAGGAGUGCGAGCUUUACAGGAAAUCCCAGAAUGAGAACCACAUUACCCAAGCUGCGAGUUUGUACACAAAAGUGUACAAUUCGAUUAGCUUACAGUUGAAGAAUUUGAAGAAUUUGAACUUGUCUGACGUGUCCCCGCGUCUACUGGAGACUUCUUCUUUCAAUCUGGCGGUGCCCGCAACCUACCAGGCGCAUCAGCCCAUCGUUACGAUCGAGCGUUUUUGCAGGGCUAUCAAGAUUAUUCCGUCUAAGCGGCGUCCUAGAAAGCUGAAAAUCAAAGGCAGUAACGGGCACGUGUACAACUAUUUGUUGAAAGGGCACGAGGAUUUGCGUCACGAUGAGCGGAUCAUGCAGUUUUUGGGACAGAUUAAUCAGACGUUGAUUAGGAGUCGGUCAAAGGUUCGCCGUCGUGAAGAGCGUCGCACUUACGCGAUGGAUGCGUCUGAUGUAGAGCGCCUCAGGGAAACACUGCGCUGCGGGUAUUCUGCGAAUGGUUGGUUUCCCCCUUUGUCGGGCACGGGUUCUUCUGAUCCAGAAAGGCGAAGUGGUCUCGAGGAGCAGUCUGGAGGUCAUGGAGGUCAGUCGGUGUCGGCCGAGUCUCGUAUUUCGUACAGCUGCGCUGCACCUACGAAUCGGUACUUCGACGGGCCUCUUCCGGUUCAGACUUAUAAGGUGGUCCCCUUGUCUCCUUGCGUAGGUCUCAUCGGCUGGGUCCCUCAUUCCGACACGUUGAAGCAGUUGAUCAAAGAGUAUCGUCUUCACUACGCGCAAAAUUUUACGUUGGACUUUGAAAUCGAGUUUUUGUCGAACAAAACGAGCAACUAUUCGCUGCUUACGAAGAUUCAAAAGCUCGAGCUGUUCGAAGAGGUUUUGAAGAAGUCGGACGGCAAGGAUUUGGCUAACUUGAUGUGGCUCAAGAGCAGCUCGAGUCAGAUUUGGUUGAAUCGCCGAAUCCGGUACACCAAAUCGCUAGCGGUCAUGUCUAUGGUCGGAUACUUACUGGGAUUGGGUGAUCGGCAUUCGGAUAACAUCAUGAUUAAUCGGUAUUCCGGCGGCGUGAUCCACAUCGACUUUGGAGACUGUCUCGAGGCGAGCGCGCUCUGCAAGGAGCCGGAAAAGGUCCAAUUUCGCCUCACGCGAAUGCUCGUCAACGCCAUGGGCGCCACCGGCACCGAUGGCAUAUUUGAGAGUACGUGCGUGCACGUGCUUAGGAUAUUGAGAGAGAACAAGAACAAUCUGAUGACAGUUCUUCGCGCGUUUUUGUACGACCCGCUCAUGAACUGGAUACUGCCCAAGCGGGAAAAGAAGCUGGCGAGCGAUGGCGAAUGCGAGGGCCAGACCGUCGAGAAAAGCUGCCAGUACAAGAAGUGUCAAGAGAGGUGUCAUAUCGACCAAGAAGAAACAGAUUCAGAAAACAAAAACCUGUCAUUUUCUCUGGCCAGACAAGGUUCCCUUCAAGUGUUGAACUGCUCCAUGUUCUCUGCGCUUUCUCAGAGAGACAACUUGGACAGAAAUAACAACUCGAACAACAUUUUACCUAGUGAGGCACCCAGCGAUGCACCUAGUGAUGCAGAGGCACCAAGGCCCUCUUUGGGCAGAUUAGCUCACUUGAAUUCGCUUUAUUCUUCUGCGCCGCCUCUGUUGCGUUCUUCUUUCGAACACAUUGCCCCUUCUGACCCCGUUCCUGAUUACUCGUCUACCGUUUACCAGCAGCCCCCGAACCUUUCCCAGGACCACCUCGGCCACACGUCCCUCUAUUCGACGUCUCAUUCCCAACUCCACCACCAUUACAGUCUGUCUCAGAUGCAAUACGACUACAUCUCCAAGUCCGAUCAGUUCUACUCGCUCUCCAACGACUACUCGAGCGCUCGUUCCUGUCCGGAUAAGCAAGACACGUUCACUCUGGCGGAGUCGGCCGCCGACCCGUACAGGCUCCAGGAGGGAUACGGCGAGCGUUCUCUGCUUGCCAUUCACAGAGUUUACGAAAAACUCGUCGGAAAGGACUUCGCCGACUCGAGUGGCGUCCGCCCGCCGGGUAAGAAGCAAGCCACGAGUGUUUCGUUCACGUUCCAAGUGAACCAAUUGAUCGAGCAGGCCACGUCACACGAAAACCUCUGCCAGUGCUUUCCAGGCUGGUCCCCGUGGUGGUAGAAGGACCGCGCUUGAGGCGGCGGGGCCUGCAAUUCGAAAAUUUAAAAAAAU